AUGGCUUCCACAAUCACUCCAGUCACUGAGUGGCCCGACUACAAUGUCGACCCAACAGGUGGUGAUCCUAUUACUCAGGAUCUAAAUGCUCUGUAUGACAAGGGUGACUUAUGCUGGAUGCUGGUAUGCACAAUUCUGUGCUGGCAGAUCACACCAGCCAUUGGCUUCCUAUAUGCAGGAAUGCAUCGACGAAAAGCAGCCCUUACCAUGAUCUUGCAGUCGCUCUUUUGUGCAUGUGCGGUCGGAAUACAGUUCUGGGUUUACGGAUAUUCUCUCUAUCAAUCUCGCACCACAAAUCCCAUUUUGGGUGACUUGUCGCUGGCCGCAUUUCAUAAUGUCCUUGCUCAACCUAGCAUUGCAAAUUCUGAUAUACCAGAAUUACUAUAUGCCGUCUACGGUGUGACAUUUGUUACGGCUACUGCCAUGAUCUUGGCAGGCGCUAUGCUUGAACGUGGAAGGCUCUGGCCUAGCAUGGUCUUUCUUCUCUGCUGGACCACCUUUGUUUACUAUAUCCUCGCCUAUUGGGAAUGGAAUCCAAGUGGUUGGCUAUAUCAGCUUGGACUCUAUGAUUUUGCUGGAUCCGGUCCAGUACAUAUUGCGAGUGGUUUCGGAGCCCUGGCUUGGUCAAUGAUGCUUGGUCCAAGAAUCCCCGACGCGACAAUCAUCGACCGGAAGCGAGCCGUCCAUUACAAGCCACACAACCCACUACUCAUGUGCUUCGGCACUGUGUUUAUCUGGUUCGGAUGGUUUGCUUUCAAUGGCGGUAGCACGGCCAACCUCAGUCUUCGAUCGAUCUACGUCGUUGUCAAUACAAACAUGUCAGCCUGUGCUGGUGGCAUUGCCUGGGUACUGCUCGGAUACCUCCACACGCGCAAGUUCAGUCUUGUCGGCUUCUGCUCGGGCAUCAUUUCUGGACUUGUCGGAAUUACACCAGCCGCCGGAUUUACGCCCAUCUAUGUCGCCCCAGUAAUAGGUGCGGUAACCACGGUUGGCUGUUUCUAUUGUGUCAAGUAUAAGUACCUACUUUCGAUUGACGACGGCCUCGACAUCUUUGCCAUACACGGCAUUGGAGGUAUCAUUGGAGAUAUCCUCACAGGCUUGUUUGCAGCCAAAUUUGUUCCCGCUCUCGAUGGUGUGUCUGGUGAUAGCUACGCCGGCGGUUGGUGGGAGGGAAACUACCGACAGCUUGGACUUCAGCUGGCGGGUGCAGUUACCUGUGCCGCUUGGUCUUUUGUUAUAUCAUGCAUACUUCUCUUUGUCAUCAACAAGAUUCCCGGCCUUCACCUUCGCGCAAGUGAGGAGCACGAAGUUCGGGGCCUUGAUUUCAAGUACCUGAGUGAUGUUGAUUGGGAAGACCAUUACAUGAAUGGAGGUGUAUCACCUAUCAUGGAGGGAACGCCAAUGCGUGUUAGCACCCCUCAGCAGACCGUUCCGGAGAAGGAUGGGGAAAGAAAGGUUGACUGA